GAGCAGCGUGGCUGCUGCUGCUUUGUCGCAGCCGCUCGGCUGACUGUCUCUCAGUUUGAGCCCCUGACUGGACACGGACACAAACUAAUUAUCUUUGUCUUCUGCUUGUUAAUUACCAACAACACAACGGCAGCGGAUAAUUUAUUGUCGGGUGGAGUAGCGGGUCUGCUGUCAGCGUGAACAGGCGCAGAGACUGUGAGAGCCGAACGAGAAGAACUCGCUCUGCCAGCCGCCGGGAGCCGCCAGCUCCCCGGCCGCUGGCACCGAAGGAGCCGGCUAGCUAGGUAGCUAGCUGGCGGGCUGGUGUUGGACCAUCCAUUCAGCAAGAAAAGUGACUGUGUGAACUGAAGAUGGAUUGAAACAUGGAAGCUGGAACCGUCCCAUCAAAAUAAGAGAGCUGCUCCUCUCAGGUUGCACUCUGCAGCUAAUCUGUGUGACUGAUCAGGGAGACAAACAGGACGAUGCCUCCCAGACCGUCCUCAGGGGAGCUAUGGGGCAUCCACCUGAUGCCUCCGAGGAUCCUGGUGGACUGUCUGCUGCCCAAUGGGAUGAUCCUGACCCUGGAGUGUCUCCGUGAGGCUACAUUAAUCACCAUCAAACACGACCUCUUCAAAGAGGCCCGGAAAUACCCUCUCCAUCACCUGCUCCAAGAGGAGACUUCCUACAUUUUUGUCAGUGUGACACAGGAAGCAGAACGAGAAGAAUUCUACGAUGAGACCCGCAGGCUGUGUGAUCUCCGACUUUUCCAGCCCUUUCUCAAAGUCAUUGAGCCGGUUGGCAACAGAGAGGAAAAGAUCCUUAACAGGGAGAUUGGCUUUGCAAUUGGUAUGCCAGUGUGUGAGUUUGAUCUGGUGAAGGACCCUGAGGUUCAAGACUUCAGGCGAAACAUCCUGAAUGUUUGCAAAGACUCUGUGGAGCUGAGAGAUGCCAGCGGGCCUCAUAGCAGAGCACUGUAUGUUUACCCACCCAAUGUGGAAUCCACACAGGAACUCCCAAAACACAUCUACAGCAAACUUGACAAAGGUCAAAUUAUUGUUGUGAUUUGGGUGAUUGUAUCGCCUAACAAUGACAAGCAAAAAUACACACUGAAGAUCAAUCAUGACUGCGUGCCUGAACAGGUGAUUGCAGAGGCCAUUCGUAAGAAGACACGCAGCAUGCUGUUGUCCCCAGAGCAGCUAAAGAUGUGUGUUCAGGAAUACCAGGGAAAAUACAUCCUCAAGGUUUGUGGCUGUGAAGAGUACCUGCUGGAUAAGGACCCCAUCAGCCAGUAUAAGUAUAUCCGGAGUUGCAUCAUGCUGGGCAGGAUGCCAAACCUUAUGCUAAUGACGAAGGACAGCCUGUACACCCAGUUGCCUACAGACAGCUUUGUCAUGCCUUCAUAUUCUCGCCGCAUCUCCACAGCAACAUCGUACAUGAAUGGUGAGGCGGCAGCCAAGUCGUUGUGGACCAUCAAUGGAACGCUACGAAUACGAAUCCUCUGUGCCACCUAUGUCAACGUCAAUAUACGGGACAUAGACAAGAUUUAUGUGAGGACUGGUAUUUACCACGGAGGUGAACAGAUGUGUGACAAUGUCAACACCCAGCGAGUACCCUGCUCAAAUCCCAGGUGGAAUGAGUGGCUGACGUAUGACAUGUACAUCCCAGACAUCCCUCGUGCUGCCAGACUCUGCCUGUCAAUCUGCUCUGUCAAGGGUAGAAAAGGAGCAAAAGAGGAACACUGCCCACUCGCCUGGGGUAACGUCAACUUGUUUGACUACACUCACACUUUGGUGGCAAACAAGAUGGCUCUAAACCUUUGGCCUGUACCUCAUGGACUUGAAGAUCUCCUCAAUCCCAUUGGGAUCACGGGGUCCAACCCCAACAAGGAAACGCCAUGUCUAGAACUAGAGUUUGAUCAUUUUAGUAGUUCAGUCAAAUAUCCAGAUAUGAACGCUGUGGAGGAUCAUGCAAACUGGACCAUUUCAAGGGAACUGGGCUUCAACUACAACCUCUCUGGACAGAGUAAUCGUGUGGCCAGAGAUCACGCCCUGACAGAGAGCGAUACAGAGCAGCUCAAACAGCUGAGUAACAGAGACCCUCUGUCAGAAAUUACUGAGCAGGAGAAAGACUUUCUCUGGAGGCACAGGCACUACUGCAUGAACAUCCCUGAAAUUCUUCCCAAAAUCCUCUUGGCAGUCAAAUGGAACUCCAGAGAUGAAGUAGCACAGAUGUACUGUCUGCUGAAGGAGUGGCCAUCUAUUCGUCCUGAGCAGGCCAUGGAGCUGUUAGACUGCAACUAUCCAGAUCCCAUUGUCAGGCACUUUGCUGUACGAUGUAUUGACAAGUACUUGACUGAUGACAAACUGUCCCAGUACCUCAUUCAGCUUGUUCAGGUAUUAAAGUACGAGCAAUACCUUGACAAUCCUCUUGCCCGAUUCCUUCUCAAAAAGGCUCUGACCAAUCAAAGGAUAGGCCAUUUCUUCUUCUGGCAUCUCAAGUCAGAAAUGCACAACAAAACGGUAAGCCAGAGGUUUGGGCUUCUGUUAGAGGCUUAUUGUAGGGCGUGUGGAAUGUAUCUGAAACACUUGAGCCGGCAGGUUGAGGCCAUGGAGAAACUCAUCAACCUCACAGACAUCCUUAAACAGGAGAAGAAGGAUGAGACGCAAAAGGUCCAGAUGCGGUUUCUCGUGGACCAGAUGAAGAGGCCAGACUACAUGGACGCUCUGCAGACUUUCACUUCUCCUCUCAACCCUGCACACCAGCUGGGAAACCUGAGGUUAGAUGAAUGCAGGAUCAUGUCGUCAGCAAAGAGGCCGUUAUGGCUGAACUGGGAGAAUCCUGAUAUCAUGUCAGAGUUGCUCUUCCAGAACAAUGAAAUCAUCUUCAAAAAUGGAGAUGACCUGCGGCAGGAUAUGCUGACCCUGCAGAUUAUUAAAAUCAUGGAAAAUGUUUGGCAGAAUCAGGGACUGGACCUACGGAUGCUGCCUUACGGCUGUCUGUCGUUAGGAGACUGCGUGGGCCUCAUCGAGGUGGUGCGCAACUCGCACACCAUCAUGCAGAUUCAGUGUAAAGGAGGCUUGAAGGGAGCGCUACAGUUCAACUCAAACACACUGCAUCAGUGGCUCAAGGACAAGAACAAAGGCGAGAUGUAUGAUAUGGCCGUGGAUCUGUUUACACGAUCUUGCGCUGGCUACUGUGUAGCUACAUUUAUCCUCGGUAUAGGAGACCGGCACAACAGCAAUAUUAUGGUCAAAGAUGAUGGACAGUUGUUUCAUAUAGAUUUUGGCCAUUUCCUGGACCAUAAGAAGAAGAAAUUUGGCUACAAGAGAGAGCGCGUUCCCUUUGUACUGACACAAGACUUCCUGAUUGUGAUCAGCAAAGGAUCCCAGGAGUGUACAAAGACCAAAGAGUUUGAGAGAUUCCAGGAGAUGUGUUAUAAAGCCUACCUGGCCAUCCGGCAGCACGCUAACCUGUUCAUCAACCUGUUCUCCAUGAUGCUGGGAUCCGGCAUGCCCGAGCUGCAGUCAUUUGAUGACAUCGCCUACAUCAGGAAGACGCUGGCACUGGAGAAAUCGGAGCAGGAGGCAUUGGACUACUUCAUGAAACAGAUGAAUGAUGCUCACCAUGGAGGGUGGACCACCAAGAUGGACUGGAUAUUUCACACCAUCAGACAGCAUGCACUAAACUGAUCCUCGGAGUAAAAACCCAUCAGAGCCGCUGUGGGGCUUUCACGACUAUCAGCUGGAUGUGGAACUUUAUCCAACGCUAAACUAUUGGAAUUUUGGUAUUUUUGUUACUUUUUUUUUUUUUUU